UGGUUGCCAGUCAUUUGUUGCUUCUCUCUGGGACCACUCACCAUCCAUCCAAGAUGUGGGCAAAGACAGUUACGGGAAAUUUUGCCAGUGUGAUUCAUGGUUUGAAUGGAAACCAUUUGACAGACCAAGUCAUUCAGAGAAGCAAGCGAAUGAUUCUGGAUACUCUUGGAGUUGGGCUUCUCGGUACCAGCACUGAGAUCUGCCACAAAGUGAUACAGUACAGCAAAAUCUACAGCUCAGAUAUAUCCAGUACCGCCUGGGGCCACUUGGGUUUCCGACUUCCUCCUCUGUAUGCAGCUUUUGUAAAUGGAGUGGCUGUGCACUCAAUGGAUUUUGAUGACACAUGGCACCCAGCCACACACCCGUCUGGGGCUGUGCUUCCUGCUGUGAUUGCACUCUCAGAGGCCUUUUCUCAAAAGAAAAAAAUCUCUGGCCUUGACCUGCUCUUAGCUUUCAACGUGGGAAUUGAAGUGCAAGGCAGGUUGCUACGCUUUUCCAGUGAAGCCAGGAACAUUCCUAAAAGGUUUCACCCACCCACUGUGGUUGGUACAAUGGGAAGUGCAGCAGCCUGUGCUAAACUGCUAGCUCUUGACCAGCUGCAAUGUAAAAACACCUUGGCUAUUGCUGCCUCCUAUGCAGGUGCCCCACUGGCUAAUGCAGCAACCCAGACAAAGCCCCUCCACGUUGGCAAUGCAGCAAAACAUGGACUGGAAGCAGCUUGCUUAGCAUCACUGGGUGUUCAAGGAAACGGACAGAUCUUGGACAUGGAUUCGGGGAUGGGUGCCUUUUAUACAGAUUACAACCCACAGACUCUGCCAACCUUACAGUCCUAUCCUUGGCUGUUGGACCAACAAGACGUAGCCAUCAAACGCUUUCCUGCUCACCUUGGAACACACUGGGUGGCUGAUGCAGCCUCUUCUGUUAGGAGGAAGCUCGUAGAGCACCAUAACAUGCUCCCCCUUGACAAAAUUCAGAAAGUCAUCGUCAAGGUCCCAGAGGUCAGAUACGUGAACAGACCCACCCCUAAUUCAUAACAUGAAUCUCGACACUCUUGCCAGUUUGUUUCCUGCUCUGCUUUACUGGAUGGCAGCAUGUCAGUUCAGUCCUUUGCCAGUGAGAACAUUCAUAGAGCAGCCUUACGGGAGCUUCUCUGCAAAACACACCUAGAGCAUCCUUCUGAUAACAAGCCCAGCUUUGAGAGUCUUUAUUGUGAAGUGAGCGUUACACUUCAGGAUGGCAACACAUUCAGUGACCGCUGCAAUACGUUCUAUGGGCACUGGAGGAAACCUCUGAAAAAAGAAGACUUGGAGAAAAAAUUCCAAUCCAAUGCCUCCAGAGUCCUCUCUGCAGAAGCCACAGAAGGCAUUAUAGAGACGGUGUAUAAUCUGGAAAAAGUAGAGGACUCUUCUGUAUUAAGUACAUUUUUACUGGGACAGUCCGCCAGAGCACUUUCAGAGAAACUGCACUUACUUUAAACAGUAUUCCAUCACUUUAGAGCCCAACUUACAGCUAGAUGCUAUUCACAAAGCUAGUAAAAAAUUCAGGAAAAUCUCUCAUUUAGUGAUUCAGGAACUUUUAAAUUGGACUCCUGUAACAUAAGAGCCAUGCUCAGUGCAAUAUUGUGUUUUUUUGACUAAGUAAAUAAUUUAGAGAUUACGUGCAUAUUUCAGUCAGAGAGGCUGAACAGAAUAUCCUCUGCUGGCACAGCGUACUUCAGUUAUCUUUGUACCUCUAGAGGUAGAGCACUGCUUGCGUGCUACACAAAAAUGCCCCUGCCCUUCUGCCACAAAAGUGUACGCAUUCUGCUUCCAUUAAAUAACUUCAUAAGGAAGUUCCAAAUUCCGGAGGAGUAUGGAAAUGUUGUCUCUGUGAGAAACAUC